AUGGAACCAAAAUAUAUCGGACUCUGUGCAAUGUUCCUAGGAGAUGAAAUAGUAGCACAUUACACCAAAACCCCACAAGACGAAGUCCGAGCCUUUAGAACCCUCGUGAGCUUCGAAAGUCUUGCCUUUUUUGAAGAACUUCGAGUCUCCAUCUACGACGUCAUCGACAAAGUCGGUCUAGACCGUGCCUCUGAGCUUCUUUCUAUUCCCCCUAAAUCCCUUAUUCUUAUCAACGAUACCAGCCGCUACCGAAACGCCACCAACAGAGAGUUCUCCCCUCGCUCUAAAAAAUUGAACCUUAUGAGAUCCGAAAGAUACGAGCUAAAACGAAAUCUUUAUGUUAAAUAUAGCACAAAGCAAAAAUCCUAUGAAAAUCCAAUAUCAGACCUCCACGAUAUUGAAGAAUUAAAACAAAGAGUUUCCAGACUUUACAAUCAUGGAGUCAAUAUAAGGGUCAUUCAGUCACUUUUUGACAUAAGAAAUGGAGGCUAUAUACAUUCUUGGGGAGGCUGGGAAAGGUCUCCUGCAUUUUAUGCAAAAGCUGAUGAGCUAAAGCAGCAAAUUAUUGAAAUGAGGGCUCAAGGAAUAUGUGAUGAAGAAAUAAGGAAAACUUUAAAUAUAGAAGCGCGACAUUUAAGUGAAAUUAUGGGAGAAAUUAACAGGAAAAAAUUAUUUUUUAUGAAAAAAGAUAUAAAGCAAAUCCUAUACUAAUUGACCAAGAAUAGCCCACUAAGGAGCCAUUCUUGGUCUGCCAGAAAAAAUUUUGACAAAAGAUCCUAAUCUGCCAUUACCACUGAGUUUUGGUGUUUCCAAAUUUUUUGGGCAAGCCAAAUGCAAUAAAAAAAUUGUUCUUUUGCGAUGAUGCAUUUGGCUUGCCAAAAAAAUUUGGCAACAUCAAAACUCAGUGGUAAUGGCAGAUUAGGAUCGUUUGGUGUUUCCAAAUUUUUUUGACAAGCCAAAUGCAUCAUCGCAAAAGAACAAUUUUUUUUAUUGCAUUUGGCUUGCCCACAAAAUUUGGAAACACCAAAACUCAGUGGUAAUGGCAGAUUAGGAUCUUUUGUCAAAAUUUUUUUCUGGCAGACCAAGAAUGGCUCCAUAGUGGGCUAUUCUUGGUCAAUUUGUAUAUAUGAGUACGCGACCCAAAAAAGAAAAGAAAAAAUAGCAAAAUUGCAUGGGAUCACAAAAAAACAAAUAAAUUAUUGGCUGGAUAGGUGUGAGAGAAAGCAGCUGGAUACGGUUUAUGACCUUAAAGUAAUGAAUCCUAUUGAAAUUUUGAAUGCGCUGGAGACUUAUUAUAUAUGUGAAAAACUUGAGGCAGCUGCCAAUGAGCUCGGAAUUAAUGAAGAGGUGCUGCAGAUGAUAGUCAAAAAAUUUGAAGACAAAAUAAAUGAUUAUUAUGGGGAAAAUAGUAUAAGGACUGAGUGGAAUAAAAAAUAUGAUAUUAUCUGGUGCAAAGAUAUAGGAAAAUAUUGGGUUUCGAGAGGAGGAAGUAUGAAGAGGCAGAAGAUUGAGGAUUAA